AUGGCCUCUCUUCGCACAACGUCGCGCCUUCUCGCCUCCUCAAGGUCGCUCUUCCGCCCCGCGACCUUUGCUCGCUCAUAUGCGACUGUCGAGUCUGGCUCGGAGCCCGCGCCUCAGAUCAAGAAGUUCCAGGUCUACCGCUGGAACCCCGACGCCCCCUCCGAGAAGCCCAAGAUGCAGACCUACGAGUUGGACCUGAAGAAAACCGGCCCUAUGAUGCUUGACGCCCUCAUCCGUAUCAAGAACGAAAUCGACCCCACCCUCACCUUCCGACGGAGUUGCCGAGAGGGUAUCUGCGGUAGCUGUGCGAUGAACAUUGACGGUGUCAACACCCUCGCUUGCUUGUGCCGCAUUCCCACCGACACCACCAAGGAGUCUCGCAUCUACCCGUUGCCACACACCUACGUCGUCAAGGACCUCGUCCCCGAUUUGACCCAGUUCUACAAGCAGUACAAGUCCAUCAAGCCGUACCUGCAGCGCGACACGAAGACCGAGGAUGGUCUUGAAAACCGCCAGAGCCCCGAGGACCGCAAGAAGCUGGACGGUCUGUACGAGUGCAUUCUGUGCGCCUGCUGCUCAACCUCCUGCCCGUCGUACUGGUGGAACAGCGAGGAGUACCUCGGCCCUGCCAUCCUCCUCCAGUCCUACCGGUGGUUGGCCGAUUCCCGAGACCAGAAGACCGCCGAGCGCAAGCACGCCAUCGACAACAGCAUGAGCGUGUACCGUUGCCACACCAUCCUCAACUGCACACGGACCUGCCCCAAGGGUCUGAACCCUGCGCGUGCCAUUUCCGAGAUCAAGAAGAUGAUGGCGGCUCACUAG